CGUUACCUAGCAGCCAGCGGCAGAGUGAUUGACAGCUGAGCGGUUUAAAUCCUCAGGAGCGGAGCGGCGGCCAGAAACGGCUCCAAACCCACGAAACUACCGGCUUUAAAACCAGGAAACCCCUGGAUUUAAACACUUUGUCGUCUCUGUCGGACUGUUUCACAGUUUAAAGACACUUUACUUUUGUUUUUUUCUGGGACAAGAAGCGACAGUUUGAGAGUGACGCUCCUCCGGCCGAGGACAUCAGGCUCGCUCGCCCAUGUCGUCCCAGCAGCACAGAGGCCAGCCGCUGCCCACCAGGCCCAGGGAGAGAGCCUGAUCCUGGGCAGACGGAGCCAGCUGAUGCCCCCCGGCUCCUCCUGACAUCAGGCGUCCAGCAUCGCGCACGCUGAGCCGGAACAUGCUAUAGCCACCUGACAGUCAAUCAAAAUGAUGGCCUCCGUGGUUGUCGGGGGCAACCGGAAGAAGUCCCUCACGCUGAGAGGGGUGGACCCCGAGACCUGUAUGAUUGUGUUCAAGAACCACUGGGCUCAGGUGGUGAAGAUCCUGGAGAAACACGAGCCGGGUCGCAGCUCCAGCGCUCUCAGUUUCCUCUCCGGUCACGGCAGCAGUGCCAGCAGCAGCAGCAGCUCCGGAACGUUACGUCUCGGUCCGAUCCCGGCUGACGAGGCCAGCGCCGUCCAGAACUACGUGGAGCACAUGCUCUUCCUGCUGAUGGAGGAAGAGGCGGGCCAAGGUGGAGCGAUGGGUCCCAUCCUGGAGUUUGUGGUGCUGGAGGGUGUGAUGGAGAGGCUGUUUCUGUGGAGCCUGAGGAGACAGUUCACCGAGGAGAUGAAGCUGGAGCAGCUCAGGAUGUAUCAGAUGCUUCUGUCUCAGGCCCGGCAGCCUCUGCUGCACCAUAAACCAGUUCUACGACCGCUCAUGAUGCUGCUGGCCUCCUGCGCCGGAGCUGGAACCGACAGCGGCGGUGUGGUGGAGGCCGAGCUGGUCCUCCUGCUGAACCAGCUGUGUGUGGCUCUGGUCAAAGACCCGUCAGUCCUGGAGCUGUUCUUUCACACCAGCGAGGACCAGGGCGCCGCCAACUUCCUGCUCUUCUCCCUGCUCAUACCGUACACACACAGACAGGGUUCGGUCGGUCAGCAGGCCAGAGACGCUCUGCUGCUCAUCAUGUCUCUGUCGGCCUCCGAUCCUCGAGUCGCCAAGCACAUCGCCGAGAACACAUACUUCUGUCCUGUGCUGGCCACAGGUCUGUCUGGUCUGUACUCGUCUCUUCCAGCCAGGCUGCAGGUCUACAGUGAAGACUGGCACUGUCUGGACCAGGCGGACUGGCAGCAGGUUCCAGCUCUGGUCCACUUCCUGCACUCGCUGGACUUCUGCAGUGCUGUCACCAAGGUCGCUCAUCCCUCCAUCCGCUCUCAGCUCCUGAGUUACAUCUAUAACGGCUUCCUGGUGCCGGUUCUGGCUCCUGCUCUGCACAAGCUGACGGUGGAGGAGGUGAUGACCACCACGGCGUACCUGGACCUGUUCCUGCGCUCCAUCCCCGAGCCGGCCCUCCUGCAGACCUUCCUGUCCUUCAUCCUGCUGCACACACACGACAACGUGCACAUCCUGGACACUCUGGUCAGCCGAGUCAACACACCUUUCCAGCUGGGCACGGUGUCUCUGGCUCUGUUCAGGACUCUGAUUGGUCUCUUCUGUGAAGACGUCAUGCUGCAGCUGGUGUUCAGGUAUCUGAUUCCCUGCAGUCACGUGAGCAGGAAGCAGCGCUGCUCCCUGCAGCAGAGGGACUGCUACUCCUCCAGCGCCGCCUCCUUCCUGCUCCUCAUGCCCUCCUGGUGUCCGGGGAACCUUCACAACGCCAACACACACUCACACUCGGAGCACAUCCACUGGCCCAAAGGAGCCGACCGGUCGGUGUCGGACAGUGUGGGUUACUGUCGAGGUUCAGACUUUCUGAUCGAUGUAAACUAUCUCCACUACCUCUGGGACGCCCGCCAGGCCAUCUCCACUUCACACAGGGCGUGUCGGUUCUGGUCGGCUCCGUACGACGGGAUCAACCCUUCUCCUCAUGAAUACCGAUCCGACACACCGGGCGAUGAUGCAGAAGACGAAGAGGAGAUCGUACAGCGAGGAAAGAGCGACUCCAUCAGCUCUCUGGUUGUCACUCCUCCACCUUCAGCCCUCUCCCCGACGCCGUCCUCCUCGGAUACCGUCUCCGUGGGAACCCAGGCAGGAAGAGCCGGCUCGGCUCUGGACCUGGAGUGGGACGACAUCUUCGCAGAUGACGAUCUGGCUCUGGCAAACGGCGGCGUGAGCAUGGAGGUCGACAGGAGCGUUUCUACACUGGCGCCUCCACCUCUGCCUCCCCGACACAUCCAGGAGAUGCGACGCACCGCCACCAAGCUGGUGCACGGCUGCUACGUGGAGGAAUCAGAGUUCGAGGACGAUGUUCUGGUCUACAAUCUCGUCGCGCAGAAAGACACAAAGGCGGCCAUUUUGGAGCGAAUCAUGGCAGCGAAUCGACGGGCGCGUGGAAGCAUCUCGAACGGCCAGCGAGCGCAAACGGCAGCGACGACGACGAAUUUCGCAACGAUGCUAACGACAACAGGGAGGACGGUGAUGGAGACGGUGAACAGUAUCAUGUCGACACGGAGGAGAAGCGAGGACGGAGGGAAGGAGGAGCGAAGGUGGAGCGAGGAUUACGGGAAGGAGGGGAGGAGGAGGAGUGAGGACUGUGGAAAGGAGACGUGGAGGAGGAAAGACGACGGAGAAGAGGAGGCGAGGAGGACUGAGGGAGAAACAAAGAGUCGUCAGGGUCUCAUCAAUGGUUUUAACGUGAAGAAUCACGUCAUCGACGAAUGUGGUGAUGCGGAUGAAGACAUGAGGACGACUCAGCAGAACUGCAAACAGAAUCACAGUUUAUCUACAGACACUUUGUCCAACGGCCAUUCAGAACCUGCGACUGAUGCCAGCGCUCCAAAUCUGCCCGGUAACAAGGCCACUAAUAGUGACGACUUCCUGUCCCGAUACCAAGAGCUCAUGCUCUCGUUGGGGGUGGAGCCAGACUGCGAUGACAUCACCGAUGACAUCAGCACGUUCAGGAGGCGAGUCCGAGCACUGAGGCAGAAACUGGAGGACGAGGACGACGGUUUUGUGUUCAGCUCCUUGUGGGACGACGGAGAGGAGGAGGCAGAGGAGGAGGCGAUGGAGGAGGAGGAGGAAGGAGAGGAGAGGAGCAGCAGGAGGCUCGGAGUUCCAUUCACAGGUCCGUUCAUCAGUGUCCUGCUGUCGCGGCUGGAGAACCUUCUGGAGAACUCCAUCGCCGUCAACCUGCUGGUGACGGGCAUCCUGGCCCAGCUGGUGUCGUACCCGCAACCUCUGCUGAGGUCCUUCCUGCUCAGCACCGACACACACAACCAGCCCAACGUCCGCACACUGUACCAGGUGCUGGUGUCGGUGCAUGCUCAGAUAGAGCGCUACGUGGCGGCCCGACCGGACUAUCCUGCCCUGAUCACUCAGGCCUGGAGGUUCCUGUUAGCUAAAGACCAAGACAGCAAGUUCAGAGAGUGCCUCCAGUCUCCGGGCGGCGACGUCAUCCUGGACCCGUCUCUUCCUAACGGCACCGUGAGGAACGCUCUCGCUCUGCCUCCCCUCGCCGUCCUGCCGGCCUGCCCUCCCAUCCCCCCACAAGCCAAGAGCCGAGUGUUCGCCAUCGUCCUGUUCGCAGAGUUCCUGAAGGAGCUGGCCGCCAUCGCUCAGGAGCACAGCAUCGCCCCGGACUGCUCCGCGGAGGAGUAACAGCUGCUGACGGUGAUCUGACGGUCUGUCAGCGAGUCGCUGCUUCAUGAACAUUAAAGCACAACACAUGCACAAACAUGACACUCUGA